AUGCUGGGGAGAACACCAAGCAAAGAGGAAGAGGAGGAGGAAGAAGACCUCCUUCUCGCCUUUCCCGGCUCUUUUCCUCCCUUCUCCGGCCAGCAGCCGGCGAGCCACAUUCCUGAACACGUCAAGUCUGAAAUAGCACCCACGGAAAGAGUACAGCGCUUAGUGAAAGAAGAAAUGGAUGUUUGCUGUGAAGCUGCUGGGAGAUAUCCAAGUAAUUAUAAUGCCUGGUCUCAUCGCAUCUGGGUUUUACAGAACUUGGCAAAGCUCAGUACCAAGAUUCUUCUUGAUGAACUUUCUUCCACUAAACAUUGGGUCUCCAUGCAUGUUUCAGACCAUAGUGGAUUCCACUACCGCCAGUUUUUAUUAAAGUCAUUAAUUUGUAGAACUGGGACUGACUGUAGCGUGCAAUUGCACAACCAGCCAGCCAAUCCGCAAGUACCCAGUGUUCCAAAAGAGGAAGAAAACACUGAUGCAGAAGCUGCCUGCAUGGAAGAACAGCAGUCAGAUCACCCGCUUCUUCUAAAGGAAGAAGUAGAGCUCUGUACAGAUUUGAUUAAUACUUUCCCAGGCCAUGAAACCCUUUGGUGUCACAGACGGCAUGUAUUCUGGCUCCAGCACCACUUGAAGAACAAGUUUCCACUUCCAAGCCUCUGGUCAACAUCAGCAGACAGUAGGGAUGGGACACUGAAUAACUUACAUCCUGAUGGUGCCCUUGGAUGUCAUGUGACUCAAGACAUGGAUGUUGAUGGCUUGAUUGAAGCCAACCGACAAGGCUACACUCAAGAAACUAAACGCCUGAAGCGUGCGCCUAUGCAGGACUUUGUCAGUCUAGAAGCAGAAUAUAGGUUCAUUGACCACAUUUUAGCAACGUGUAGAGAGGUAGAGCAGGCAAGGUUUGCUAACGCAUACAGAAAAUGGUUGGUUUCGUUUCUAGGUCAAUGAAGGCAGAAAUAUAAAGGAAAAAAAAACUGCAGGGUCCCCUGUUUAGUGCAAUAUUCUCUUUUCUUGCACAGGUGCACAUCUUUGGCCCCUGGCACUUUUCCUCCCUUCAUUGUUUUUUUAUCAGUGCUAAAUUUCAUUUGCCAGCAAUGGCUUAGUUUAACUUAAUUUGUAGAUGCACCCUGGUGUUAAGCGUUUGAAAG